UGCUCAAGCUCCUAUUGUUCACCAUGGAAUUGACCCUUCAGUACCCUCAAGCCAAGUUCGAGGCUGACAACGAUUUGGCUGACGCUAAUGUCAUUUCCAAGUAUAAGAUUGCUGCCAACAUUGCUAACGCAACUUUGGCCAUGGUCCUCGAGAAAAUCGCUCCUGGUGUAUCCACUUUUGCGAUCUGUCGGUAUGGAGAUGAAUUGAUCCAAGCAUACACCUCAAAGAUGUUCAAGGAAGCAGAAAAGGGAGUUGCUGUUCCUACCUGCGUUACCGUCAACAACCUCGUCCAAUAUUAUACACCUCUUGCCAGCGAAGCAUAUACGUUGAAGGCUGGUGAUGUUGUCAAGGUUGAGCUCGGUGCUCAUAUCGAUGGUUAUAUCGGAACUGCCGCACAUACCACUGUGGUUAACGUCGACCCUUCUCAACCUGUCACUGGAAAGGCUGCCGAUGUCAUCGCCGCAGCUUACUACGCUCAAGAAGCUGUCCUUCGUAUGAUGAAGCCUGGAACUUCCAGCACCGACAUUUCCCGAGUCAUUGCGGAAACUGCUGCCUUUUUCCGUUGCAACCCAGUCCAAGACACAUUCUCUGCUCAAAUGAAGCGAUUUGUUCUUCGAGCAAGCAAGGAAGUCGAUAACCGAAUCGACCCAGAGAUGCCAGCACAUGAGUUGGAGAAGCGUGAAUUCACAUUGGAACACAACGAAGUGUACUCUUUGAACAUUGUUCUUACUACCGGUGACGGAAGAGUUAAGGACUCUGAACACAAAGCUAUGGUCUACCAACGCAAUGUCAACAAGUCAUAUGCUUUGAAGAUGAAGUCAUCCAGACAGGCUUACAGCGAAAUCAAUGCUAAGCACACCGUCUUCCCCUUCGCCAUGAGUGCUUUGUCAAAUAACCAAGCUCGUCUUGGUCUCCCUGCUCUCCUUACCCACGGCUUGGUGACGCCGCUGUUCACAACCCGAAGCUCUAUGGCUUCUGAUAUCGUUGCUCAAUUCAAGUUGACUGUUCUUAUCACUGCUACUGGCGCCAUCCGCACCACCAUGCCACAAACCCUUCCUUAUGUCCACUCUGAGUUCAGCGUCCCUGCUGGAACUGCCACUGCUACCCUUUUGCAAUCUUCCGAUGUCAAGAACCCCAAGGCACCAAGUGGUCUUCCAAGUGUUGAUGUCGUGUUCGGUGCCGCUGUUCCUGAGGAGCAGGACGUUGAAAUGGAGCUUUAGAUUUCUCUUUUUAUUUUAUAUUUCAGUUUCUUUUUUUUGUAUGUCCUGUGAUUCCUCAACUAAGUCGUUUCAAACUCGACUCCAAUUUCAUCUUCUGUCAUUCACUCAAUAAUUGUUAAUUGCAGGAUGUACUGACAGAUUAGCAAAUAACAGUUUUGUACAAUAAACACAUCAACUUCAUUAAGCUAAAACAAAUAAUUU